CUAAUUUCAGUUGGCUCUUCUGGAAAGAAAUUCCGUAUGACACUUGGUCUCCCUGUUGGUGCCGUCCUCAACUGUGCCGACAACAGCGGUGCCAAGUCACUAUUCAUAAUCGAGCCUUAUGGUUUCGGUGCACGAUUGAACAGAUUGCCUGAUGCUGGUGUUGGCGACAUGGUCGUUGCAUCAGUAAAGAAGGGGAAACCUGAACUGAGGAAAAAAACUAUGCCCGCUGUUGUUGUCCGCCAACGUAAGGCAUGGCGUCGGAGAGAUGGUGUUUUCUUGUACUUCGAGGACAACGCCGGUGUCAUUGUUAACCCCAAGGGUGAUAUGAAGGGUUCGGUCAUUGUCGGCCCUGUUGCAAAAGAAUGUGUUGACCUGUGGCCCCGUAUUGCAGCUAAGGCCGGCUCCGUUGUAUGAUUUAGAUAUGGUGCAAUCGCAUUUUUUUCAUCGUUUCACACGUUUAUUGGUGACUAUCGGGCAAGUCACUGUAGGCUGAGAAGUCUAUUAGACAGUCUCGACAUGUAGGACAGCGUUACUAUCAAUGGCCCAUCUAUUGCAUCAAUAGGCCUAGUAAUGCAAUUC